AUGUCCUCGCCGACUCUAUCAAAAGUCAAAGGUCCGGACUCAAUGGCAAAACCAGAGUCGCGUACGGUGGGCGAGUCUUCGCAAGCUGCAGAGGCAGAGGGCUCACAGCCGAAGCCAACGAAGAACCCGAAGAAGAAGCAUCGAGCGGGCAAGAAGAGGAGGAACAAGCAACAGACCUUUCCAGGCCAGGAUGGCGAAGGGCAGCGACCCAGCCUUCUCGACGCGCCUUCGAGAUCCGGACAUGGAGAACCUUUCUAUCGGCUCAAUGGCCAAGGCAGUAACACGAGCCUGGAAAGCGAAGCGUUACUCGACCAUCGCGAGCAUAUGCCAUCAAGACCACGACGACAGAGUCUGCAGCAGUCCGGAUUUACUAGACCCAGUCUGCCGUUCGCCCGUCAUCGUGGGUCUGCCACAUCCGGUUUGAUGGCUGGAGCUCAGCGCUCAAGGCUUGCGCAAGCUUCAGGAACGGCCAUCAGCGAAGAUGAGGAGGAAGAGGAAGGCGCGAACGACAGGACACCAUUGCUGGCCACCGGGAGGAACCAUUCCAGACCACAGAUUUCCAGGAGUAACUCUGGUCACUAUGGGAGUGGCAUGCGAGUACGCAAAUCGUCCGUCCACUCCAAGAGCUCGUCGAAGCGGAAGGCCGAUGCCUUUGCUCGCAACACCGGUUCAUACGAGAGCGAUGGGUACGACAUCAACAACCCACCAUCGAUGCCGUCGUCGCCACAGCUGGGCUCUCUCGAUGACCUGAUGAUGGGAGGCCAGUCCCGAAACUCGUUUGAUCGGGGCCGCGAUGCUGUCAUUGACAUAGAUGGUGGUGACCGACUGGUUUCAAACUCGUCGCCGGAUACGGCUCGUAGAAGAUCCACCGCCGCCGAUCUGGCUGAGCGAGAUGUGUGCUUCCCUGCCGAUGGUCUGUCCGAGAUCGCGGAAGAGGACGACAGGCGUUCUCAAGCUGGUUCAGCAAGACAGCGCAACAGGCGGAAUCGAACACAGCAGUGGCCUGACCUCAGUGUCCUCGAGGAAUGGAGUAGGGAGGAGAAGGAGGAACGUACCCAUCAGGAGCACGUACGUGCAAAGAAGAUUAGCGAGCCGGUCAUGAUCGGCGGACGCCUCCGACCUGGCAAGCAGACGUGGCAUAGGGAAGAAGACGAUGCUCCCUUCCGCUUCACCUACUUUAACGAAAUGUUUGAUGGUACCAUCCAUGCACGCACUAUCAGCGAUCUCUUACAAGAAGGCGCCACCUUCAAAGACCUCUUCCUCCCGGAUCCAGUGGAGAUGCCAGAGGACAGCGAUGAUGAUGAAGACGAGAAUACGCUGGAACGGCCCACCCAUACGUGGAAUUCCGCCGUUCAGGCUCCUACCGGACACAUGCCUGGCGACCAGCAGUCUAGGCACACAUCUAUAAUGAGCGAUUUCGGCGAGAAGGAGAAGACGUCGGAACAAGGAAGCAAAGUCCAAAGCAGGUCGGAGACUCCAUCUGGGCAGAACUCGCAGGCUCCUACUCCACGGCAAUACAACAAGCAGAAGCGAUACGGACCACGCCCGACCUUCUGGCUCGACGUUCUACAGCCCACCGAGAUGGAGAUGAAGGUCAUUGCGAAGGCGUUCGGUAUUCAUCAGCUCACGACCGAAGACAUCCUCAUGGAAGAACAGCGCGAAAAAGUUGAGCUCUUCCACUCCUACUACUUCCUGAACUACCGUUCGUUUGAACAAGACAAGGAGAGCCCGGACUACAUGGAUCCAGUCAACUUCUAUGUUGUGGUCUUCCGUGAUGGUGUGAUCACCUUCCAUCACUCGCAAACCCCACACCCAGCGAAUGUCCGCCGCCGCAUCCGCCAGUUGAACGACUACAUGUCGCCUACAGCUGACUGGAUCAGCUAUGCUCUGAUCGACGACAUCACCGACGUGUAUGCGCCUCGCGUCUCGCAGAUUGAAGAAGAGGUCGACGAGAUCGACGAACAGAUUUUGUACCUGCACGUCACAUCUGCAGAUGACGCGGAGAAGACCAAGUCUGAUUCGGGCAACGAGAAAAAGUCCGGCAAUGCUCCUAGCAACCAAGGCGAUAUGGGCGCUCAAAAGGCCGAAGGGGAUCGCACCGCCGGACCGAGUGGUGGCGACCUCCUCCGCCGGGUCGGCGAAGGCAGGAAGAAGGUCAUGGGCCUGUACCGCUUACUUGGCAACAAAGCAGACGUCAUCAAAGGCUUCGCAAAACGCUGCAACGAGAACUGGGAGGUGGCGCCGCGCAGCGAGAUAGGACUCUAUCUGGGCGACAUCCAAGACCACAUCGUCACGAUGAACAACAAUCUCUCGCACUACGAAAACCUCCUCAGCCGAGCCCACAGCAACUACGUCGCCCAAAUCAACAUCCGCAUGAACGAGCGCGCCGAACAGAACGCCGAUAUCCUCGGCAAGCUCACGGUCAUUGGUACGAUUGUCCUGCCGAUGAACAUUGUGACUGGUAUGUGGGGAAUGAACGUCUAUGUGCCUGGACAGGAGUACGAUGACAAUUUGACGUGGUUCUGGUGCAUUACGGCGGGUCUGCUGGCUUUUGGCAUUGGUUGUUACUUUAUUGCUAAGAAGGCUUAUGGGAUUGUUUAG